AUGCCGGUUGAUUUUUAUCGCCGUAGACUUCCACCUUGCUCAGGCCGAGAGUUCUUCAUGGGAAAAGGUUUCCCUUCAGAACAUAGGUACAAAGGAGACUGGGUUAAAGUGGAGGAAUUAAUCACGACGCUUGGUGGCACUUUAAGUGCUAAGAGGACGAACAACGUAACUGACAUACUUUUGGUAGGACGUGAUGGAACCCCUCAAACAGGACUUGGAGAAAUCAUUGAUGGGGACCGGGAAUGGGCCAAAGACCGCAAACUUAAGAUUCGUAGCUCUGAAUGGCUUUCAGAAGUUUAUUGCCAGUAUCGUUUCUUUUUUAAAGAUAAACCACCGCUGGAGCCCGAUGUUAGAAGCAUAGUCUUGAAGGAGCCCCUUUACACUGAUGGAGACGGAUAUCUGAUUGUAGCCCCGGGGGACAAACUCAUACCGAGGUUCCUACAUAAGAUUGGCAUAGAAACGGAGGAAUGUGAAGUUCUGGACUUAAUCUAUCAACGAGCUCCGGGCUCAUUGGGUGAGAAAUACUCACCAACUACGACAAAUAGUUCUCAAAGCAUUGAACACUACAAGCAUACCCUUAAGCGUAUUGAUUGCCCUGCUGAGUGUAGCGACUUCCUGGGACAAAUCUUUACAACUAGUAAAAAACGUAUUACUGCAGAGGAAGCCUUAAAGCAUCCUUGGCUGCGUUAA